UGAGAAGUAAACUACAUUUCCCAUAGUGCACCUGCAGGAGAAUUCUGGGAAGUGUGGCAGAAGCAGCAAGAAUUCCUCCAGGAAAGGGAAGCUGUUUGAACUUGAACGUUUGGAAUUUCCUGACUUCUGCUGAUUCUUGAGGCCUAGGAAGGUGCCCCCAAAAGAUUCCAGAGUGAGUACAGCGAAACAGAAACCUUUCUGAUUCUCCGUGGAGAACGGCUUUUCCAGGGCAGCGCAGUCGCGCUGUAUAGUUCGUGGCUUAGUCUCUGAGACCCGGGCAAUGGCCACAGCUUGCACUUAGGGAGCUCUCUCUGUAACCGCAGCUGAGUAUUUUCUGACACCACUUUGGAGAGAUGUUUAAAACUGGAACUGCCUGACUUCUCACGCUGUGCCUUGAUUUUUGAAUAAAGGGAAGAAAAAGAAUUCUUCCAGAAGCCGGGCACACACGGCUCAGCAAGUCCUGCUGGGUGUUUCCCAGCCGUCUCCAGGGGUGCACACUGCCUGUGCCCACUCCGUCCUCACAGAGGCCUCUCCCACGCCCCACCGGGCCUCCUCCACGUGCACGCAGGCACGAAGAGACGAGACUGGCUUCUGUCUUGCUGCUGUGCUUUUUAAAUUAAUCUUCCUUCUGGGAAGAUGAACAGAAUGAGAAGCACGUGUGAAUCAUUUAUUACAGACGUUUCAGAGAAAAACGGUUCAUCUUAAGGACCUUGCCCUAUCAUUUAAUAGUUUUAGUAAAAUAAACAUGAGAUGAAUUAUUAUACUUAAAUGUAAUGUUAUUAAUAUAUAACAUUAACUCAUCUAAAUAUGUCUAAAUGAAAUGUUAUCAUGUUACCUUUCCUCUCUAUUAGCCUUUGCACUUUAAAACAGAACUUGAAGAGCUCUGUGCCCACCAGCUCCUGAGUCAGCAGGCCCUGGGCCUGAUAAUGUUCCUGUACUGUGGAGCAGCUUGGAGGAGCAAAUCUGGGUACUUUAGGCUGCUGUCAACCUAUGUCACUAAGACACGGUACCUAUUUGAACUGAAGGAAGAUGACAAUGCGUGUAAAAAAGCGCAGCAGACAGGCGCCUUUUACCUCUUUCACCACCUGGCUCCUUUGCUUCAAAUAUCAGAGCGUCAUUACAUGGCCCCCCGCGUCAGCCUGUUAGAGUUGGAAAAGCUCCUGGAGAAGUGCGGCCAGGAUACGCAGAGGAUAGAGGAUUCCGUGCUGAUUGGAUGCUCUGAACAGCAGGAAGCAUGGUUUGCUCUGGAUCUAGGACUGAACAGCUCCUCUGCUGUAAGCGCCUCCUUGCAGAAAUCUCAAAUGGAGACGGAGCUCCAGGGGUCCUUCAUUGAGCUGAGGAAGGCCCUCUUCCAGAUGGACGUGAAGGACGUCCCCUUGCUGUUCACGGCUCAGGCUCUCCUCAGCUGGCAUGAUGCUCACCAGUUCUGCAGCAGAAGUGGGCAGCCCACCAGGAAGAACAUGGCAGGGAGCAAGCGUGUGUGCCCUUCCAGUAACAUCAUCUAUUACCCACAGAUGGCUCCCGUGGUGAUCACUCUGGUGUCAGAUGGAACCCGAUGCCUGCUUGCCCGCCAGAGCUCCUUUCCCAAAGGAAUGUACUCUGCCUUGGCAGGGUUCUGCGAUAUAGGUGAGAGUGUGGAAGAGGCUGUUCGUCGGGAAGUUGCAGAAGAGGUGGGACUGGAAGUGGAAAGCCUGCAGUACUCCACAUCCCAACACUGGCCCUUUCCUAACUGUUCUCUCAUGAUUGCUUGUCACGCAACUGUGAAGCCAGGGCAGACAGAGAUCCAGCUGAACUUGAAAGAACUAGAGGCAGCUGCCUGGUUCAGUCAUGAUGAGGUGGCCGCAGCCCUGAGGAGAAAGAAUCCUUACAUUCGUCAACAGAAUGAGACUUUUCCGUUCUGGGUGCCCCCGAAGUUAGCCGUUGCUCACCAACUGAUUAAGGAAUGGGUGGAAAAACAGGCCUGUUCCCCGCCUGCUUAGCCCGGAUGAACUCACCUAGAACCCUCCUUGGUAUCCUCCGAGGAGAGACCUGAGAUUAACUGUAAAGGGGAGGUGACAAAAGGCCAGCUGCAGGCCAGUAAGGCAGAGCAGAUGAGCCUAUAACGAGACACUCAUAUCAGCAGUAUUACAGAACGAAGUCCUUACUAACAGACAAUCAGAUAUGCCAAUGGGAAUCGAAAAACUGAUGAGCUAUUAACUAUCAAAAUCACAGAGAAUAGUAAAACAUUAGUUUAGAUAUAGACACAUGUUCACUCAUUUUUCUCCAAGGUUUAGGAACAAGUAUCUUCCAGUAUGUGGCUUAUUUACACUACAUGUACAGUAACUGACAAAAUAUGACUGGUGUGAUUUUAGCUUAAAACUUGAUCUUAGUAUUAAAAAUAUAAUACUCUACUCACCACUGAGUUAGGUUUUAUCCUCACAGAAUUAAGAAAAAUACCACAACGUGUAUGCAGGUAUAUUCUUAUACAUGGUAUUUAAAUAAAAAUCAUUUCUUUCAGUCUUCCAAAGGGAUGAGGAGAGUGGGAGCUCAGGUCUGUCUGUCUCAGACACAUGGCAUAAAUCAGAUGCAGUGAGGCCCUGGGUAGCUGAAUCCAGGGAGACUCAAGAUGGUAAGGACUUUUUUGUUCUCAGCUGUGUUACUUGCUCAGUUUGUCACUCAGGAAAAAAACUCUCAGUUUUCCAGCCUGUUUUCCUAAAUGUAUAGCAAUGGUUACUGGCAGGUGCAUACCCCAAGUGUUGAUAAACAUCAACUAAGGAAUGAAUGAGAUUAAACAAAUGUCAAUCCCGAACCGUUUCUUGAGCCUUAUGGGAUAAAAGUAAGUUAGGAGUUCUCAUCAUUUUCGUAUGCCUAUUCUAUACCUUGUGAUAGGGAGAAGAGUUUAUCUGGGAGAAAUAAAUAAAUCUCCAAAUCUGCUCAGAUGUAUUUUUUUCUGUCUUAUGACUUGAGGAAAUUUUAGAAAGUGAGAACUGGGAGUGGGAGGCAGCGAAGAUGUCUUUAUUGGUGUGACAAACAUUUAAGUCCACAGCUGAAGCAAUCAGCAGAAGCAAUACUGUUAGAGUCCAGCUGAAAAGGAGAAUGGCUGGGGAAAGACUCCUCCCUUGAGAUUAUUCUAGGGACUAAUUUGUGCUUCAAAGACUCACGUCCCAGAAACCCUAGGAUUAGUCACACAUCAGAGUCCCAUAGGACAAGAGAGUUGAGAUCUAAGAAAGCUGAAGCACUGAAGGGUGGGUGCUGUGGCGCGGCGGGUCAAGUGCCACUUGGAAUGCCAGCAU